GACAUGGUAGAAGGUGCACAGACGCUCCCGCCACGGAGCCCUAGCCAUGUGACUCGGCCCAGCAACAACACACAGCUUCUCGCCACGUCGCUCAAAACAGCUCUGUUUCUCUUGAUAUCUGUAAACUGAACUCUUCUUCCUUGGUGUUUCGCGAGAGACUCACGAAGUUUUGCGAAGGGAGAGGAAAAAUAAAGCACCCGCUUGUGUCAAAGAUAUCUUUCACUCCUGCUGCUGUAGUUAGCAGUCAAACUUAAAAAUAUUGUGAUUCGAACGAGAGAAAAAACAUACCUCAGCGAAAUAUCUGAUGGUUCAAAAGUGCCAUCAAACAGUCAGUGACAAGCAGCGGGACGUAGCUAUGGUUUUUCGAGGAUCAUUCAAGCACGCCGGGAGUCUGGAAGAAUCAUUCUGACCAGAUAUUAUCCGGUUAUUUAGUUUUUUACUCUUUUGGAAGAUCUCUCAAGACAACGUUUUCUCAUAUCGCCACGAUGAACCCUGAUUUGGGAAAGGUGGUGGUGGCAUUUCGGUUACUUCUGUUCCUUGGAUUUCUUUCGAAAGGUUGUUGGAGCAUCCGAGUAACCGAAAUGUGGGUCCCUCCUGUUGUCGUCUCAGGUUCCCGGGUCAGGAUGGUAUGCAACUACGAGCACAGGGCGGACCGACUCGAUCCCCUCUACUCGGUCAAAUGGUACCGAGGACUCGAGCAGUUUUACCAGUACAUGCCCAAAAAGAAGCCUCAAGUCAAAGUAUUUGACUUGCCAUACCUUAGCGUAGAUAGAAAUAACAGCAACCAAUCAACGGUUGUCCUUAUAGGAGUGACAAAGGAGACCUCAGGAACAUUUCGGUGUGAAGUAGUUGGAGAAAAACCACUUUUCGAAACGGACGAUUCUACCAGAAAUAUGACAGUUGUUGACAUACCUCUGUGGGGACCUGAAAUCCGAGGCCUGGUUCACGGAUCCAGGGUGAGGCCGGGGGACAUCAUAAAAGUGCAGUGCCUUCUGGGGCACUCGGAGCCGCCCGUUCAUGUCACCUGGUUGAUCAACAACGAGCACCUACCUCCUCACGCCCUGACGACGUACGCAAAACAGAGGGACGAGAGAGCUAGGAUGGCUCAGGUAUUUACUCUGGAACUGGAGUUAGAGAACGAGUCUUUCAUUGGGGGCGCCAUCACCUUGGCGUGCAAUGCUUCGCUCUCCACUGUCUACAACAAAUCCACCAACGUGACGCUCAUCCACGCCGAUCAUCCACAGCCAUCCGAAUUUGGAUGGUUCUCCGCAGGUUCUUCCGUGCGAUCCUCCCUGGUGGCCCUGGCUGCUACUUUAGGGUUGGUGUGCCUGCUGGUCGUGUGACGGUGGUGGAGUUGGUGGUGCCGGAGCAACUCGCCGGAAAGUGGACCGGAAAAUGGCGCUGGUCAUCAUCACAGCAUGACGGGAGGCGAGACCGAGUUGGACCUGGUGGUCUGACAGAGGUGUGACUGCCCUGGGUUCGGGAGAUCUGAGACCGGGCACGGAAAAGGGGCGCGCAUCUUCGGCCCAGGCACAGUGCUGGAAUUGUGAUGUCGUUCCAGGCGUUGCCGACCACAAGGACUUCUCAAGUUAAAAACGCAGUGCAAAUAAGAGAUAUUUUUCCUUUUUAGUAGUGCAAUGACAGGAGUGACUUUUUACCUCAGGAACUAUUCAACUGAUGAAAAAAUUCUGUAAGUCAUUGUACAUGAACAAAGGAGUGCGUAAGAAGUUCAGCUUGACCAGGAGUAACGAUUGUCUAGGUCACAACAUUGCCAGAGGUUUAAUGAACGCCCCCUGCGUACUGUCAUUUCAAAGCAUUGAUGGGGUUGCAGCUUGACUGCAGAGGUAAUCAAUGUGGCAAUGGUACCUUACGUCAGUUGGUACUGGUACGUCGCGUGCUGGUAUUUCCAGGUUAUAAAUCUUCCAUAUUACGUUAAUUACCGAAUAAAGACACUCCAUUUUAAGGAGUUCUUAUCCGAAUUUGCCUGCCUUGAGCCUCAGAUUCAAGGCUGAAGGGCAAGCAAGCUUCCAGGGUCUUCGGAUGCCAGUUCUCCCAUGCCCUCACCCCCUAAAAUGAUAAAACCCAGAACUGAUGAAUGUGGAUACGUUGUAAGCAGAGUUAGAGACACUGUUAAUCUUAAGUUUCCUCCAGAAGGACUGUGGUGGAAAUAACGAAACACGCUUAGUGCUUAAUCACGUCAGGUUAGAUUGAAAAGUUUUCACCUUCAUUGCGUUGUCGCUGUUCUUUCGCUAGAGUGGACGAAGAAGACUAAAACACUUGAGGUCAGGAAUUAACAGAUGCUGUAGUCAUAAGGAACACGAAUUACUUCUUGUAACCCGAAGAAGAUUCUCGUUGUAAAACAUUUGAAGAUAUUCGGUUUGAAAGUUAAAUCAAUUAGAAUUCAUACUUUUAUUUUCUAUCUUUUGUUAAAUUUCAAGGAGGGGUUUAUUUCUUAACAUUGUCGUAUGAUUUUCCAAACCAGAAAAUGAGUGUACAAAACAAGUAAAUGCUUUAGCAGCUUGCACUGUAAACGUGUGUUUUAUAUUGGAGGCUUUAGCAUAAUGCUCAUUUUGCAUACUUGGUAUAAAUUAUGUGAUUAGCAUUUUUUGCUUCAGAUUCCUGUUAUCCAGUUUGAUUUAUCGAACUCACUGAUGCCGGUUAUAGUUUAUUCAACAAAGAAAAAAGAAAUGUUUACCUCAACACUCGUUACAAAUUUGGCGCUUUGUUUAGAGGAAUUGUUCUUUUAAAUCUUUUCCAUUUUUGUAUUAUUUUUGGGUCUAUUUUGAUUCGGGGGAAAGUUGCUUCCUAAGUUUUAUCGGAAUAAUGUUAAUUACAGUGAAAGAUUUGUCUCUGAACUGACUGUAAAUCUAGUCAUCCAUCAUUCCGUGCCGCAUGUCUUUCGGAGUCAUCACUCAGAAGUUUUGCAUUUUGGAUUCGCAGAUAAGUGAAUCAUGCCGGAAUAAACACGCCGUGUAAUUUCAUUAUUACGUUUUCUUAUUAUACGUCAAAUUAAUUAUCAUAAAAGUUGUACUCAAGGCAAGCGCUUUCGCUUAAUAAUAAAAGUAUUUUACGAAAAAUUGUUGUAGUGAUGAACAUCUGACGAUCUGGAUGAGCAGUAUUUAUGAAAUAUUUAUGCCAUGUAUAAUUUUGUUGCAAGGUUCAUAAUUGUGAAGAAAAUACUGAACGAUGUAUUGCCUCGAAAACUUAUGAUGAAAUAACUUUAUACAAAUUCCUCGACGUCACAUAAAAACCCAAACUAAUUUUACACAUUCUGGAGAAGACCACUCUCAGGGUAGACGCAUUUAAUAACAAAUGAUUUUGGGCGAAAACUGCUCGUUGGAGCCGCAUUUAAGCGAGACUUUCACAUAAUAUUGCGGAACAGGAUCUAAUGAACUCGUUUAAGGAGCAUCGCUUAAUGAAUCAUUCUUUACUUAAAGGUCUAAUGAAGAGGCACCAUUUAUUAAGCUGCUUGAUGAAAUCUCGGAAUGAAAGGUAACUUGCCGGAGCGUCCCGCUGAUGAAACGACGAAAAAAAGGACCAAAAAAAAAAAAAAAAUCUAGAAGUGACGGAUAGGAAUUCAUCAGUUGCUGCCUUUUAUAAUUACUGUUAAUUUUUCGUUUUCAAAAAGUUCUCAUCUGAAGGUGGGUUGGUUGCUGGUGAAUGUUUUAAUGAUGUUUUUUGCGUUUGGCUAGUGCGGAUGUAAUUGUCAAAUUCUUUUAUUAAGCUUAAACAAGGUUUUGCUUUACCUCUUCUGUUCUGACGUAAAUUUCAAAAAGAUUUAAGGGGAAAUAUACUAUACUCUUUAUGCAUUCAGAAAAUUCUUUAUAGAUCGAGUUGAAGUCUGUUUGUGAUAAAAUGUACAGUGAUGGUGGUAAAUGGCAAACCUGAUGGUUUGAGAUUUUUUUUUAUUUCUAAAUGAUUUAGGUUUAAUCAGUUAACAAUGAGAAUACACAGUGACUUACCCAUCUGAUUCCAUAUCCUUUCCCACUGUCGUUAGGGUACUUGGACUCUGGAAAUUCGUUGUACGUGGUUACGCUCUUAAGCGAGGUUGGAUCUCGUGUGGGGAGAUAUACUUUCUAUUCCAACGGCUUUGCUGCUGCAAAUAGACACGGCUGAUGUUUUUCUCUCUCUAGUACUCUGGUAUCUCGUAGGAGAUAAGGAUCUCUUUUUCUUUUGUGUGUGUGUGUGUGUUUAUAUCCUUGAUUACUUUUUGCAGUCUUAUGUUUUACAAAGACGAAUUCAGACUUACGGAAAGCUCCCAGACCUUGAUUUUCUAUUAUAUGUAAUAAAUAAACUACCUUUAUUGAGGCCUAUACAUGUCUUUGCUGCCAUUGCUAAAGACCUCUGACAGGCAACCUAGUUGUAACUUAUACUUCCAUGUGUGCGUGCAAGAUCUCUCUUCUGUCAAAAUUUUUCUGUGGACUGUUACUUCUCUCUUUUCUUAAAUAUUGGUGAAUUAUUAGUGUUUUGCCAUUUUUUCGUUGUGUUAUUGAUCUGUUUCCUCUCCGUCAUUACUUCUGAUCUUUCUGUUACGAAUUUUCCCCAAUAUGCGUGUUCAGAUUUCACACUAAUGACAUUUUUUUCCCUCCCCAUUACCUUCCAAGUUUAAAUGAAUGUUUACUCUUAUAUGCGCCUUUGCAAAUUACCCUGCGAACUUAUUCCAUUUGGCUUUCCGGUGGAGCAUCCUUGAUUUCUUCUCGCUCGGGUCAUCGACGCAGUGUUUGUUUUAAGACUUCCUUUUCACCGAUCCCUUUUAACGUUUCAGUAUUUUUAGUGCUUUUUAUGCGAGCACAUUUUCUCAGAGCAUUUUUUCUCUAUUAACCGAGACUCCCUGUUAUUCCACCGCAUGAGCACUAGACAAAAGUAGAUUAUCAUUUUAGCUUCAGCAGUCCUUUCAGUUUGAGGCUUAUCGUCUCUAUCUCUGCAAAUGAGAAGACUUUUCAGUUGGGCUUCUGCGUUUUCUGCUGUGCGCUUCUUAUCCCAGGCAGAAUUUCGCUUUUUAUCUUUUACUCCUAUCUUUCUUAAUAUUCUCUCUCUUUGAUGACAAUCAUGAGCCUUUUCUGUCUUCCCCCUUGAAGCCCAAUUGCUCUCUCAUUGCCUAACCAAGCUUUUCACUUUAAGCAUGACU